GACCGUACGGUCACCCUGAUUGCGACAGCUAGCCAGGCUAGGCGCAGGUGAACACGUACCGUACCUCGGGUCAAUUGUCCAGGAGUUUUCUGCAACUUUCUCCUGCACACGCACUGGCCGGUCACGCCAGUUGAUCUUUCAUGGAGCAAGGGAAACCAAUGUCCAGCAUGUCGUCGAAGUUCAAGAAAACGUUUCGUUUCAAGACCGUGAAGACUCCCAAAGUUCACAAUGCGAUUCUGACGGAUUCUGAGGUUGACGAACUCAGCAGCUACCAGUAUCCCUGGCAUAACAUCGUGUUUGAGGGCGGCGGUAAUAAAGGCUUGGCGUACUGUGGAGCAGUAAGGGUGAUGGAGGAGAUUGGGUUAUGGAGUCAAGUCAAACGAAUUGCGGGGACCAGUGCUGGGGCGAUGACCGCCGGGUUACUGGCAGUGGGCUACGAUUCACACGACCUGGAGGCGUUCUUGAAACAACCCGAAUUGGAGAAAAUCUUUCUUGAUGCUAGGUUUGGCAUCUUCAGUGUGUUGCCCAAUAUGUUGAAGCGGUUUGGUUGGCAUCCGGGUCACAGACUCUACUCCUGGUUUGGCAAGAUGAUGUACAAGAAAACAGGCAACGCCGACAUCACGUUUGAAGAGGUGUACAAGAUGUAUGGCAAGGAAUUGUGCAUUUGCGUGACCAACAUAAAUUUCUUGGAUUGUUACUACUGUCACGUGAAGACAACUCCCGAUUUGCCCGUCAGAAUGGCCAUGCGCAUGUCGGGCGGAAUCCCAGGUGUUUUCUGCACAGUUAAGAGCACGCUCAGUUCCUUCCCUGACCACUAUGUAGACGGAGGCCUCUUGGUGAAUUAUCCCAUCCAUGCCUUUGAUGGUUGGUAUCUAUCCAUGAGACCUGAAGACACUUUCCUCAAGAAGGUACAGCCGCUGCGAGACAUACGCAAACUCUGGGAUCGCAAGGAACGCUUCGGGCACAAGAAUGAGAGGACGCUAGGCAUGCUCUUGUAUUCAGAUUUUGAGCCUGAGGUGAUGAAGGAUGCAUUGAAUGAACGCCACUCAUACUACCAGGACUACGUACAGGCGGUACCUCCAACAAAACUUGCCAAGAAACGAAUGAAGAAGGUCAGCAAUGAAUACAUCGAGGCCCAGCACAACAGCCUGGUGGAAGCCAUGGACAAGCUGGUGGCCGAACUGAACAAACAAGACCUGAACAUGGACGGUAACAUCACGCUGGACGAGUGGAAGAAAGCAUUCAAUAAUGAAGAUUCCGGAUUCACAGAUAGUUACAAGACGAUGUUGUUUGGUGAGGAAGGCUUGGAUCCAGAGAAGAUUUUCAACAAGCUGGAUUUUGACCAGAACGGAGAAGUGAGCUUCAGGGAGUUGGUGUACUGGGCGGAGAAGCGUGGCUUGAAGCUCCUGUCGGCCUUCCGAGGUUACGAGAGACGAGAAAUCACGUCAAUGAUGGACUUCUUCGCCACAAUGAUGGAGUGCCUACUACUGAACAUGAAAAGAAUCUUCAUUCAGGAUAAUGACCUGUACCGCACCAUUGGAAUAGACUGCAAAUAUCUGGAUGCCAUGGACUUCAAGAUGGAGCCAAAAGACCAGGAGUUCCUCAUCGAGCAAGGUAAGCUUGGCUGCAUGUCAUACUUGCGGGAGUUUGUGGACAAAUUUAAGCCUGCGCCGAGACGGAAGAAUAAGAAUGAAGUGAACCGGGACAGCAAGAAGCUCCACCGGGUGACGAUGGAGUUCUCUCGGCUGCUCAACAGCGAGUCUGACUUUGAAGGGAUGGUCUCGCCCACCCCUCCUCAGUCGGGCGUGCCCGAGAACGCACCCGACGACGAUGUGUUCAGCAAUCAAAUGCGGGAGGCAAACGUCAAAGCCGCGCAGUCAAGCACGGCGGAGAACAACGACAAGAAAGACAAGGUCACUUGUCACAAACGGGUCACCAUAGCGCUUCCGGAUGACGACAAAGACAGCUCCGCUUCUGCUGCUAGCUGCGAAGACGCAGAGUUGAUCCCCGAGGCAAAUACUGAUUUGUAAUCCAAGUAAUUUUGCUGUGGUGAAUGUUGUGUUUUCUAAGUCACUGGUUUGGAAAUUCCAAAAUGAUAUUUUUGGGGGUCUAGUAUCAAUGCAAUAGCAAUGAACACUAGCUGGACUGGACAUGACUGGCUGGCAUGCAACUGCAGCUUUUCAGAUGAGAGGUCUUUUCAGAUGGGUCUUCAGUAGGAAACUUACUGUGAGGCAAAGAGUUAUAAAUAUUAAAUUACUUGAGUGCCAGGGCGAAUGUCUUUAGUUAGGUCUUCCUUUUUGUUCAUGAUGGCCAAGCAGGAUGUCAAGUGUAAACCAAAUGUGACUAGGGUUGUGCAUCGGAACCAGGUACCCGAGUACCCCGCCGCUAAUGUCAUGAACCGGUUCUAGAUUAUGGGAUCGCGUACCCGUGACCAAUUUCACAAAUUACUAUGUUACUUCUCAGACAAUGAAAAAGAAAGGUUUUGAAGUCAUUUGUGGGUUGUUGUUUUUUUUUUCAAAAUGAAAACCAGGCCAUAUGGGAAAACAAAAUAUUUUCCACAUUUGUGAUGCUCGCAAAAGCUGCCGUUUACACUGUAAAGCUAUAAAGCUCACUGUAUCUUGCUGUAUUGAUGCGCCGAUGCGGUAAUAUUAUCUUGCAGACCUUUGUAAACAAAUGACAGCAACUUCCGAGAUUUGAGUUUAAGCAUGUUUGGCGUUGGGUUUCUUUAACUGGUACCCGUGUUGUUUUUACAAUCGGUACCUGGCUCCUGUACUAUCCGUAAAUGCACACCCCUAAUGUGACCCAACCCAAGAAACCAAGUCACAAGUUGGCAGAUCUUCCUUUAAGUAAUCAGUCAAAUCUUGUACAAAGGAUAAUAAGGAACAGUCAGUUUUCUCAAUUCCUUAACCUUAACCCACCUUAACCCUC